AUGUUUGGACCUCUUGUUCUUGCGUCAUUUCUUGCUUUUGCUUCCGUGGUUUCAUCUACGGGCAUUUUGUUGCCUCUUUAUGUGUGGCCAGAAGAUGAUUCUACCUGGGCCCCGGUCUAUAACGCCGUUUCUUCGCACCCGGACAUUCUGUUCCAGAUCAUUGUCAAUCCCGAUAGCGGCCCUGGCGAUUCCGCCUACCCCGACGAAAAUAUCAUCGCGGGCGUCGCCAAGUUAAACAGCUACGACAACGUCCAAGUUCUCGGCUACAUCCCAACCAACUACGCCGAGCGCGAUAUCUCCGAAGUCAUCGACGACAUCUCCAUUUACAGCAAAUGGUCCUCAAACAAGUCAAAGAACAUCACCGUCUCCGGAAUUUUCUUCGACGAAGCGCCCAACACGAACGACGCGGACAAAAUCUCCUAUAUGCAAUCCGUCUCCAAGUCAGCCAAGUCCGGCUGUCUUUCCACUGUGGUGUUCAACCCAGGCGCUACGCUCGAAGACGGCUCCGCGGAUGGAUACUUUGAAGCAGCGGACCUGAUUGUUGAAUUUGAGAACUCCUACUCUGCAUGGACAACCAAUAUCCCGGCGAAUAAGUUUUCUUCCAGCAAAAAUUAUUCUAAAGAUGCGAUUAUUCUGUACAGUGCGCCUAUGACGCUUGAUUAUGAGGCUGUUGUGCAGGAGGCGCAGAGUAUGGGUCUUGGAGCUGCGUACUUGACCAACACUGACAACUACAUGUCGGUUGAGACGGUGCAGAAGGUCGCUGCUUCUUUUGUCCAGUAG